AUGGCUUUCCAGCCGCUAUCCGUGGGCGACAUCUUGAUGCUGUCGCAGACGGCCUGGAAGAUUGGACGAGCAUUCACUCACGGCAAGAAGAGCGCCCCUGCCGAGUUCGCAGAGGUGGAGAGGGAAGCCAAUGGCCUCAGCGACGCCCUCAAACUCGUUGCCGAAACGCUGCAUGCCGAUGGCAGUAUACUCACCCACGCCGACGUCGACACUCGAUCUGCCGUCAAUGCCAUCCUCCAGAGCGCGCACCAGACCCUAGAUGACCUCGACAGCUUCGUCGACCGGUAUCAGGUCAUCAAGAAGAAAGAGACGAAUGGGGGAUUCGUGGUGGAGAGGAGUUGGAGCGAGGUUGUCCUUGCGAAUUACAAGACGUUCAAAUGGACGACAGAGGGCUCGAACUUGACAGAGCUGCGCAACAUGCUCAAUAUGCAUACCAACUCCAUCAACUUGACGAUGCAGGCCCUGCAGUCGAGAUCUCUAGCUAGACUAGAGAAGACGGUGGUUCCCAUGGCUGAGAACAUUGCAAGCAUCCACGAUCGUGUUCACGGAGAUCUCGGCGACAAGAUUGACGACUUGCAUCGCAUCAUCAUGGCUAUAGCGUCCAGUACACCCAGCUUACAUGCGAGAGACAGGGCGCUGGAGUCUGGUUCUGGAAGUAUCAGAGACAGCACAAGCACUACGUCAACGCUCGAUCAUCAGCCCGCUAGCAGUGCACACUCAAGUCGAAUGCUUGAACCGCCUCCUCCUCGAUCCUCCAGUUACCAAAUACCCCCACGUCCUGCCAGCCGUUCCCCACGGACUUCCGCAGCCAAAGUACCCUCGAGCGCCGCAUCUGGUACAAGGUCCACCCGCGAAGACUCGGCCUACUAUAGUGCUUCUGGAUCUCGUCCCUACUCGGAUGGCAAGCGAAUGGACUGGGAUUUUGAGACCGGCGCUCCCGUCGACCACCGUCCCAGCAUAGGCGGUGGUCGAGUCAAUUUCGACGCCGGUGCUUCACCGAAUGACAGUGGCUAUGCUGCGACGGAGCCUAGUUCUCGACGUGCAUCUGGACAUUUUCGAAGGGAAUCUGCGACUUUACCGGCGUUGUUCAAGGCUGUUGAGGACGACUAUGAUGCCGUUGCCGGUAGUAGCCGACUAUCUGAGAUUGACAAUGUGUCGCCAAAGAGUCAGAGGGAAACUUGGAGUUCGGCGAAGAGUGCUGGACACUUGCCACCGCCGGCUAUUCCGUCUGAAUACGAACGGUUACAGCCACCUGCGACGCCGACGUCGGUGUUCUCACAGCUUCAGCGCUCGAGGACGAAUCCUGUGGACGAGAGACCGCAGACAGCAAAGACCAAAUGGCAAUCAGAUCAGCAAUCUUUGAAAUCGCACGACAUCACCAAGUUCGAACGACAAUUGUUCAGGAAUGCUGCUAUACUGUGCGACGUGCGUGGCAAACUUGUAGAGCAUGCCCAGAUAAAGCCUGACGAGCCGGAUCCUCGAUACAACGUGGAGAUGGUACCGGCCUGCCAGGAAGCACGUAUCUUUGUCAUUCGGAAACGAGAGAACCGUGAGCAUGGUGGGACCAAGGUCGCGACCAGUAUUUGGUGUCUUCAAAACGACGGCGAAGUACGAUUGCAACACAAACUCUCAGAAAUGCAGGAAACAGUCCCGUACUGCUCCUACUUCGAGCCGGAGAAGGUGUCUCUGCCAGAGACGGACGCUCCCAUUGCACUCAAGUUCCAUUCCGAGGAGUGGGGGAGUCUGCUGAAAGAUGAGAUGAAGACGAAUUGGGUGAAUUACUACUUCGCGUCGGAGAAUGAUGCCACUGCCUUCCAGUCGGCUGUCUAUGGACGGACUCUGCUCGGCAGCUAUCGGACGACCAAAACCACCGUCAUCCACGAAGGGCUUAAGGGUGCCUUUGCAUUCGAGGAGCAAUUCGCCAACAUCGAAAUGCUUCGACUUUGGGAAGAUGACGGCGUCUCAACACCAGGUGCCGCCGGGGGUGUCCUGGCUCUCAUGCACAUCAGCUCGAACUUCGGCGAGGGGUGGGCGCGCUGGUGGAUCAACAACAGCAAACAGCAAGUGAAAGUGAAAGACGACGGGGCGAAGUUCGCCAAAGUGAAGGGUAUCGACGUUACUGUCGUCCGGCCUGGGAGCAGUAAAGCCGCGAUUGAGAGGGCGCGAACAGUGUCGAUCGGGGCGGAGGGCAUGUCGUCGGCGCAGCAAGCACGGAAUGCCGUCAAGAGGGUGAAUGGAGUGAAGAUUGAGUUCAAGACGGAGGACGAGAGGUCGAAGUUUGUGUCGGCGGCGAAGCGGGCGCAGGAGAAUUCGAUGCCGUUGCCGGAGCUUUGA